GCUGACGCAGGUUGAACUUUCCAUCCUCGCAACGCUGCCUCUGCCUCUGCCUCUGCAUCUCCAUCGCCCAUGUGCCAUCCAUUGCCCGAUUACUGACGCUUGCGCUCGUUUGACUAGGCACGAGCACGAGGCUUCGGAAACUUCAACAUGAACAACACACGCGACGACAACCCCGCCAAGGGUAUGGCGGCUUUCCGCCCAUCGACAAAGGGCAUUUGGGAGAAUGCCUACCAAGGGAGCAAGCGAGCAUCUGACAACGCCCUGCCCACAGGCUCUGGUGCUCUCAUCCCCGACUCGCAAGCCGACACCUCUGCGUGGACCACGACGCGGCCGUGGAACCCUGACUCCACGCAAACCAGAUCGACGUCAGGCAGCACGUCGCCCACCCGUACACGCGACAACCUCUUCUUCGAUAAUCCCAACGGUGCGUUCGGCCAAGCGCGUUUCGCGAAUGGACGACCCAAGUCGUUCCUCGAGGAGGAGAAGGAGAACUCGAGCUAUGGUCCCAACUUUGGCGCCUACGAGGCUGAGCGCGGUUUCGCCAGGCACGAGAAGCGCGGUUCGCAGGAACGCACCUUCAUGACCAUGGGUGCCGUGGGCGCCCCGCCCUCCCGAGAUGGCAGCAUUCCUCCUUCGAGGCACUCGGAGGACAACUCCAUUGCCUCUCAUGCCCAGCGUCCCUCCAUUCCUGGCCACUCCUCGUCCUUCCCUUCACAGAGCAACAGUACCAACAACAACAACAACAACAACAACAACAACAACAACAACAGCCGAAGUUACAUGACCAACGGCAGGAUGGAUGAAGCAGACUUGUCGAGCCAGUUCAGCAAAGGCCUCACCCUUGAUGAUGCCACGGCGCUGUCGCAGGUCCUGUCCAACGGCGGCAACGGGCAGUCGUUCCAGCUCAACCCUGGAUCGCAGCCCUGGCUUGGUGGUUUCAACCAGCAUGCCCCCGACGUCUACAGCGACUACAUGACGCAGUAUCUGGCCAGCAAGCGCCCGUCUGUCGACCGUUACUCCCCGGCCCCCGCCGCCUACCGUGUCGCCAACGUGCCCAAGUCGUACUCGCCGCACCCCACCGACCCUUGGAGCCAGCGAGCCGCCCACCGGGAUCCGAGAAUGGUACCCGACGCUGAGAGGCGUACCCCCGCGCCCUACAUGCAGCCCCAGGCUCAACCGUUCUUCCCUGGACCGUACUACACGGGCCAGUAUCCUGCACAGUUCCCACCCAGCCUGUACGACUUUGCCGGCCGGGCGCCCAUGAUUCCCGGCUAUGGUCUGCCCAUGGGUUACCCCCUGACGGGACACGUCCCCGCGCGGCCCGCCAAGGACCAGGACUCUGGCAAAGGCGUGCGGAGUGUGCUUUUGGAAGAGUUCAGGUCGAGUUCAAAGUCGAACAAGCGUUACGACCUCAAGGACAUCUAUGGCCACGUUGUUGAGUUCAGCGGCGAUCAACACGGCUCCAGGUUCAUUCAGCAGAAGCUCGAGACGGCCAACAGCGAUGAGAAGGACCAGAUCUUCCGCGAGAUCGAGCCCAACGCCGUUCAGCUGAUGAAGGACGUGUUCGGCAACUACGUCAUCCAGAAGUUCUUUGAACACGGCAACCAGGUUCAGAAGAAGGUGCUGGCUGCGCAGAUGAAGGGCAAGGUCGUGGAUCUGUCGAUGCAGAUGUACGCCUGUCGCGUAGUGCAGAAGGCUCUUGAGCACGUGCUUGUCGAGCAGCAGGCGGAGCUGGUCGACGAGCUCCAGCCUGAUAUCGUCAAGGUUGUCAAGGACCAGAAUGGUAACCACGUUGUCCAGAAGGUCAUCGAGCUGGUCCCCCGUCAGUAUAUCGACUUUGUCAUGGAUUCUUUCCGCGGCCAGGUCAGCCAGCUCGCCGCGCACACGUACGGGUGCCGCGUCAUUCAGCGUAUGCUAGAGUACGGCACAGACCAAGACAAGGAGGUCAUUCUCACAGAGCUCCACAACUCGGCCCAGGUCCUGAUCACCGAUCAAUACGGCAACUAUGUCACCCAGCAUGUCAUUCAGCACGGCAAGCCCGAGGACCGGGCCAAGAUGAUUCAUCUGGUCACGUCACAGCUGGUGACUCUGUCGAAGCACAAGUUUGCGUCCAACGUUGUUGAGAAGUGUAUCGAACAUGGCUCACCCGAGGAGCGCAAGUCGAUCCGCGAGCAACUUACUACCAUGGGGCCUGAUGGCACCAGCCCCCUCCAGCUGAUGAUGAAGGAUCAGUAUGGCAACUAUGUUAUCCAGAAGCUUCUCAACCAGCUUGAUGGUGCCGAUCGCGAAGCCUUUAUCGAGGAAAUGAAGCCCCAGUUCAUCGCCCUCAAGAAGACCAGCACUGGCCGCCAGAUCGCUGCGAUCGACCGCCUGAUCUUCGCCGCUUCUUCCCCCGCUCCUCCCCGUCCAGGCAGUAGCAAGGCGAUGUCUGGACAGAACACACCGGCUCUGCAGGUUGAUUCGUCAGCCCCCACACCCGUUCUGACGAUGGAGCCUAACAGUCCUCAGAGCAGCAGCCCGCCCAGCACGAACGCGAGCGCCGUUGGCGAGACAGCCGAGGAGGAUCGCAAGGCCCAGCUUCACCCACGCGGUGCUAGCCUCCAAGUGCAGGUCGAGGAUGCCUAA